AUGAAUAUUCCUUUGCUAGAAACCUUACAGAAAAUGCUCGGGUAUGCUAAAUUUAUGAAGGACUUGGUUACAAAGAAGCGAGUCAUGGAUUUUGAAAUAAUUGAGGUAACCCACAGCUGUAGUUCUAUAAUGUCUAGCACAAUAGUGGUAAAGAAAGAAGACCCAAGCGCAUUCACUAUUUCUUGCAUUAUCGAGGUCUAUAAAUUCGAAAAACCGUUGUGUGAUCUUGGGGAAAGUAUUAAUUUGAUACCAUUUGCCACGUUUCAAAAGUUAGUCUUGGGUGCUUCUAAGCCUACCACUAUAAGGCUUCUAAUGGUCGAUUGUUUAAUCAAAAAGCCUGUGGGUGUGUUGUAUGAUAUUUUGAUGAAAGUUGACCGGUCUAUCUUUCCAACCGAUUUCGUUAUUCUUGAUAGUGAGAUUGAUCAUAAGGUCCUAAUCAUUCCUGGUAGACUAGUCUUAGCUACCAAAAGGGCCUUAGUAGAUGUGGAAUAUGGGAAGAUGAAAUUUUGGGUGAACAAUGAAGAAGUAUCCUUCAAUGUGUGUAAGUCAAUGAAGCAACCUAUGGAAUUGCAAGUUAUUUUGGUGAUUGAUAUGGUUGAUGAUGGGACAACUAACACUGUUGAAAUAGAUAUUAUGAAUGACCCCUUGGUGGGUGUAUUAUGGAACUUCGGAAGUGAGGUUAUUGAAGAAUAUGAUGAGGUGGUAGCUUCAUUGAUGGGUCUUGGAUAUUACACAAAGAACCCGAUCAAAUUGGAUCUUGAUUUGAAAAAUUGUGAGAGUCCACCCGCCAAGCCAUCUAUUAUUGAACCACCUCAACUUGAACUUAAGCCGUUACCAUCCCAUCUUUAA